CUGGAAUGAAUGGCAAUGCCAGCUGUUUUUUGCUUCGCGCUUGCCAAUAACCUUGGCCUUUGGUGCACGACUUACACACACAUACAACGCUUCUUUUUUUACGUAUAUUUUCUGCAUGGACAACAUUAAGCGUUGGUUGCGAACAGUUCUUCAGAAUUAUAAGGACCCGGAUCGUACCUUUAGAGAUGUCGAUGCCGUGCUCACCACGUACAUUUCACUCAAGCCCGAGAUGAAUACGUUCACUUACAAUGACGGAAAGACGCAGUUGUUACUGUGUCUCUAUGGCACCAUUCCCAUCACUUAUCGAUCGAUACCAUAUAAUAUUCCUGUUGCGUUUUGGAUUCCCAGCGAAUAUCCUCAGCACCCGCCUAUUCCGUUCGUAAAACCGACGGCCAACAUGCUUGUUCGCGAAGGAAAACAUGUUGAUAAGAGUGGUUUAUGUUAUCAUCCAUAUCGAUCUUCAUGGCAGACGGAUGUGAACAAACAUACAUUACUCGAACUCGUCGCCAUUUUACAACAAGUAUUCGGUCAGGAACCACCCGUGUAUACCAAACCUCCAUCCUCGUCGUCGCCUGCGUCGUCAAGUCCCAUGGUCCCACCCGCGAUCCCUGGAAAGCUCAACAAUUCUACACCACCACCACCUCCUCCUCCUCCUCCUGUCACAUCUACUUCUACUCCUUCACAACCAUACUCACCUUCCAAUGCAUCUGACACCACUCCUUCUCCAAGAUGGCCCGGCGAUGGCACUGCUUAUUAUAAUAUUCACCAAGGGCUAGCGGCCAUGAGCUUGAGCCCUGGAGGCUACGCUACUCCUCCAUCAGCUACCCAUACACCACCACCGGUCCCUACAAGCACGACAAGCACUGGUGGUGCUCCCAGAUCAUCUUCAGUGCCAGCCAUGUCUAAACCACCCCCAACAACAACAGCCACCACAGCAGCAGCAGCAGCAGCAGCAGCCGUUCCUCCUCCGCCACCUUCAUUACCAGCAUCAUCACUAUCAAAGAACAGCCGUGAACGCGAAUUACAAGAGAACUUGUAUAGAAAGGUGUCUGAACGAAUGCAGGCGUUCAAUCUAGCGGUCUCAAGUGAAAUGGAUAGAUUGUUGAUGAUCAAUCGGCAACUCAACGAUGGCGAGCUACGGAUUGAUCAGGAACAGCAUAUGUGGACGGACAUGCGCUUUGUGGAACUACGGUCGUGUACAAUCAAUUAUUUGAUCUUGUGGCCGAUGAUAAUGCAAUUGUUGAUACAAUUUAUUAUCUGGGUAAAGCAUUAAAUUCAGAACGUAUUGAUUUGAUGACAUUUAUGAAGGUAAACGAGAGAGAAAUAGGAUUACAGGAUAUUAGGAGGCGAAAUGCGGAAGAGGAUGGGUGAAGAGACAGUAAAAAAGCUAAUGAUUAAUGGAAAUUCUAAUAGUGUACACGGACGCUUGCCCGGGAACAGUUCAUGGAACGAGCAUUAAUGAAGAAAAUAGGUGAUGCAGCAGUCCAGCAGUAGUAAUGAUAAUAAUAAUGAUGGCGAUGA